AUAAUGUGCGUUUCGUGUACUUCCUUAGGAUUCUGGAGAAAGAUUGCUUCUGAUAAAUGCGUUGGGGCCAGGAACAACCAUUAUAAAGAGUUUACAUACACUGGACCAAACACUUUCAUUAUUGCCAUGAAAAUGGUACACAAGAAAGGCAGGAUUGGAUGCAUUGGCUGGGCGUAUUCACGUUGGGGAUGCACAAAUGCACAUCCUACCAACAUCAUUGUCACAGGUAAACUAUCAGAGGUCCAAUUAGGGUCAUCGUACUGAUGCACGCAGUGUUACUACAGAAGGAAACCUAAACCAAACUAACUUAAUUUAUAAUGGUAGCUCUAUCUGUUCUAAAAAGUUCUACCUGGAGACCCAGUAAGGAUCAUCUCUUAUACCUGUGCCACGGAGGUAAAAGACACUUGCACUUUAUACUACUCAUCAAGGCACUAGAAACCGAGGGCGACCUCCUAGAAAAUCUCCACCCCCUUGACGUCACAUGAGUUGAAGUAAUAUAAUAUAAUUUUAUGUGAUUGAGUGUUGUUUAUUUCAGAUACAAGAAACAAACGCAUCUACCCUUCCCCAACAUUGAUAAGCAUUCGUACAGGUGGAUGGUAUGAUCUGCCUGGCUACGGGCCGAAUUCCCCAGAGCUCGUGUUCUCUGACCCAGGGUUUCGCUACCUGUACAAAGGCCAGAGGAUGAGAAUCUGGUUUGGUGAAGAUCUGCACGACUACACAGAGGGAGACAAUCAUGGAUACACGUGCAUGGAUGUUUAUGUUUACAGUCCAAAUUUUUAAUUUGGUCCAGAACUGCUCUUCAGAUCUCAUGGAAACGACCGCUUGAAAAGGACUGUCUUUUGUCUUACAUACAAUUGCUUAAAUCAGCUGUAGUUGCUAUGUCUUCUGGUUUUCUCUUCAAGAAAACAUUGGCCAUAUAGUUGCUUCUAUAUAGUGUUGUAGAAUCGUUUAGUAACUGAAAUAAUGUCGCUUUAGGCUUU